AUUGCUACAAAAGCGGGUCAUCAAGACUUGACCCAGACAUUCUAUCCCAGAAAGCAUUGCGGCGUUAAUUAGGGUCUGGCGUCCAUUUUCUUUCUCGAGGAGGCGACUGAAGAAAAAACCGGAGACGUUCCCCGAAGACUUGUCGACUGGUGACGGUGGUUAGACGUAGGGUUGUUCUUCAUAAUGCCAGAAGCAGACACACCAGGCAAGAUUUUUGUGGCUGGACUGAACCUGGAAACAAACGAGACAACCUUAGAGAAACUGUUCAACAAGUACGGCAAGAUCGUUGAAGUUCUGUUGAUGAAAGAUAAGAUUACUGCAAGAUCCAGAGGAUUUGGUUUCAUCACAUUCGAAAACCCCAGAGACGCAGAAGUAGCAGUCAAAGAGAUGAACGGUCAGGACAUUGCUGGGAAAGUUAUCAAAGUGGACCGUGCCACAAAGCCAGCUCACGCGCCAGGGGAGAAAGGCCCCAGCCGUGGCCCCCCAGGUCGGGGCCCCCCGAGUCGAGGUCCCCCUGGUCGGGGCCCUCCUCUCAGAGGACCCCCUGGGCGAGGCCCUCCCCCAUCCCGAGGGGGCAGGGGAGGAAAGGGUGCUCGCGACCCCAGAGGAGGGCGCGGUGGUGGCCCGCCAUCUCGUGGACGCGGAGGGAUGUCCCGUGGUGGCAGAGGAGGCUCUCGGUUGGACCGUGGCGGCCGGUCGGAUUACGGUGGGGCAGACUACAACGGGAGCCGGUCUGGGGGGUACGACCGACUUGAUGGAGGCUUUGGAGGAGGGAGAGGUGGACGGGGUGCGAAGCGUGGGCCACCCGACCGUAUGGGAGGUCCCCCUCCAAAAUCUGGCAGGUUUGACUCGGACCGAGGCCCUCCCCCGUCGCGAGGCCCACCCCCGCUCUCUAGAGGCCCAGACCGUGGCCCACCGCCGUCCAGCCGCGGCCCGCCCCCACGCAGCAGCUACGACGACUACCCAUCACGGGACUACCCUCCACCACGUGACAGCAGGGACUAUGACCGUGACUUCUUGAGGGAUCCACCGGUGAGGGAGAGGUUACCUCCACAGCGAGACUAUCCUCCGCUCCGUGAGCGAGGUCCAUCUCGGGCGGACUACGGCCCUCCCAGGGAGAGAGAGGUACCGCCAAGGGAUUCUGGGUAUGGUGGCAGAGACUACGGCAGCACACGAGACACCUAUGGCGCCUCCCGAGCCCCAGAGUACGGAGGACGCGACAGCUACAGCACGACUCGCGACAGCUACAGUAGCGCAAGCCGUGACUAUCCGCCACGUGACUACGGACCACCCUCCUCCCGGGACUACCCCCCAACGGCAGGGCGCGACUAUGGCGACAGCACCCGAGGGUACUCCUCCCGGGAUUCCUACGCAGCGAGCCGAGACUACCCGCCACCCGAGCGGGAGCCUGGCUAUGCACGUGACUCGUAUGCCGACAGUUACCCUGACAGUGCCCGUUAUGACAGCUACUCUGGUGGCAGCACACGCGGACCACCCUCACGCGCCCCGCCGCCAAGCUAUUCGAGCAGCAGUGCCCGCGGGUACGGGGAUAGUUACGAUACGUACGGGAGCUCCCGCUCGGCCGGCCCCGGAUACGAGGAACGCCGCAGUGCCGGCAGACCGGAGCGGGCAGGAGGACGAGAUGCGUACCCUUCGAGCUACGGAGCCCGCGGAGGCGGGCGGCCAGAACGUGGCGGAUAUGGGGGCGGUGGCAGCCGCGGUUAUGACCGUCGUUAGAGCAACCAUCAUUUAAACUACAAGUUUCUUUCUCGAAACUAGGAAAAGUCAAAGAACGAAACAUAUUGUUCUCAAAGCAGUACUUUUCCCUUUUAUAGCUUUGAAGUCUUGGUCAGUGGCACCUGGAAUCUCUUUUUUUAGAUCAAUGUGAAACUAGAAUAAACUUCCAAAAUCAUCAUGUAACCCGGGCAAAGACUGCAACAUGGAAUGACUGCAGAAGGGGAACGACUGAAUUAGAGAAAUGAUCAAAACUUGCUUAACCAAUGACGACGUAAGCCAAGAAAUCUGCAAGUUUGUUAAGAAAAUUGUUUCAACUCAUCCACCUUACAAAUAUUGCAGUGAAUAAGUGUUAUUCAACUACAAGAUGUAUUGACACUUCAUGAAAAGUGCAGUCAGUUUUUUAAUACAAUGAAACUUAUGAAUGAAAAAUUCAUCUCAACUGUUCAUACUUUGUAUACUGCCAUUUAGAUGUUGUCCAACUGUUGGUUACAAAGACAUGCCAAUCCUAUAACCAUUGAGACAAAAUGAAAAGUAGAGGAAAAAGUUUCACAAAAUAUUUUGCAGGUUCUGUUGUCAACUACCCUGCCAUAUGUAGGCUCUUUAUUGUUUUACGCAUUAGCCUUUCAUUUUAUUAUCAAAUGUUGUAGGAAAAAUGUAGUUCUGUUAAUCUGUGUACCAAAGUAAUAAACCAUACUUCUGAAAAUUGAGGCUUGCUACAAAACAUUUUUGUUGUCAACUAUGGAUCCGGAUUCUGGCAGUACCUAGUCUGCUGCGGUGUGCGAGACAAGAUACUUAACACCAUGCAAAGUCUGAUGCCACUUGUGUUGACCUAAAACUUCCAUGUACAUAGCUGCAUCACACCAAUGAACGAAGCCUUUCAGAAGAGCCAACCAAGCAGAUACAACGACAUGUCACAGUCAGAAGGUAACAAUACAGUGAAACUUGUUGAAGAUUGUGGCAAAUGUUGUACCUUCAGUCGUGCACUUGAAAUCCAGACAGAAGUUCUCUUUAUGCAAUGUCAAUUUAACAGUUAAUAUCUGUAUGAAGCAGUACGAAGAAGAGAACUUAAUCAACUGCACAACAAUAUUCUUCAAGGAAUAAAUGAAGCGCAUCUUUGCU